AUGUCUACGCUGGAAAAAGUAAUUGGUCCAUUGAGUGGAGUAUGGAAAAGUAUUCGAUCGAUAUUGUUGGCCUUGUUUACUAGAUUGAUAUUGUUGGCCUCAUGGCUUAAUCUCCUCCUGCCAUUCAUCCCAGUAUCUUGGGCUCUCCAUUUCACCUUCGCUGGCGACUGGGAGAAGGACACCGUCAUUUUUGUUUGUUCAUUUCUCGCUAUUAUACCCCUGGCCAAGCUUCUGGACUUCGUCACUGAUGAACUCUCCUUGAGAGUUGGACAGACCCUAGCGGGACUUUUGAAUGUUACCUUCGGAAACGCUGUAGAGCUGAUCUUCUCUAUAAUAUCCCUUUUAAGUUGUGAACUUCAAAUCGUGCAGUCAUCAUUGGUCAGUAUCAUCCUCAUUAACCUUCUUUUGAUUCUUGGCAUGUGUUUCUUCGUCGGAGGGAUCAAGUUCCAAAAACAAGGAUUUGGACAAAUGGCUACCCAGCUUAACUCUUCUCUACUUGCCAUCAGCGUCAUUGCUGUUCUCUCACCUGCUGCUUUCCACUUCUCGGUAGUCGGUGAUACUGAGGCUGACGAAGCCUCAGAUAUCCUGAAUGUUAGCCAUGGGACCUCAAUCAUCCUGCUAUUUAUUUACAUCUCCUACUUGGUUUUCCAGCUUUUCUCUCACGCUUCACUGUAUGCAGACGAAGGUGAAGACUCAGUCAAAUAUACACCGUACGGACGGUCUGUAGUAGGUGAGGAUAGUGAUCUUGAAAGUGGCUCUGCACACUCAGGAGAAGAGGUCGAACAACCCCAGUUGGGUCUAUGGGUCACCGUCGGACUGCUAGUUAUUGUCACCCUGGUCGCAUUUACCACUCAGUGGCUUGUGGACUCGAUCAACGGCAUAACGAAGAAUGAUAAUAUCAAUAAUCAGUUCGUUGGAGUGAUUCUUCUUCCAAUCAUCUGCCGUACUCCCGAUGGUGUCACUAUUGUGACAACAUCAGUAAAAGAUAAGCUUAACAUAAGUUUAGGCCUUACUCAAAUUGCGCUCUUCAUGAUUCCCUUUAUCGUGACUCUUGCAUGGAUCCUCGAUAAACCGUUAACCUUAUUGUUCGAUCCUUAUGAAUCCAUAGUUCUAUUUUUCACAGCCAUAGUUCUAACUGUUAACUAUGUCGUGCAAAGCGGAAAAUCUAACUGGCUACAGGGCAUGAUUCUAAUGUGUCUAUAUGUGAUCCUCGCCGUUACGUUCUGGUCCUAUCCAGGAAUUGAUCCCUCCGGUGGCCUCUUAAUGCAAUGUACUACUUAA